CUUUCAGGCAAGAAGAUCUGGAUCUGGAUGGGGGAUAGGUUUUGCAUUAGACACGGGGGGAGUUUCUGGUAAUGAUGAUCAAGAUAGUCUCAACAGUGACACCCCUGGUCUGGGCCAAACUCGAUUGGGCAGACUAGUAAGUGCAGGUGGCAGACAGCUAUUAGAGAAGCUGAAUUCCGCCAGAAAGAACUUCCCCAUGAAGAUAUUUCUUCUGCUUCUGGGUUUCUACACUGCUAAUACAUUGGCUACAAUUCUUGGGCAGACUGGUGAUUGGGACGUAGUGGUUGCUGGGAUCAUGGUUGCUGCCAUUGAGGGGAUUGGUAUGCUGAUGUAUAAAAGGCUGCCUUCUCUAACUACGGGGGGGUUGCAGUCUUUGGUGGUGAUGAUAAACUAUUGGAAAGCUGGAGUUUGCUUAGGCCUCUUUGUGGAUGCUUUCAAAUUAGGUAGUUGA